AUGGACUUCUCUCGGCGUCUUCUGUAUGCGCUUUUACUGCUCCUUGAAUUUGUCUGUAUCCUCGGUGUGGACACAAAUGGCCAGAUACCGCUCAAGCCAAAAGACGAGACAGUAUCUCGCAAUAUUGCAAUCAUUGGUGCCGGAUCCGCAGGAGCUUCUACUGCAUACUACCUGCGAAAGUUUUCCGAUUUGGCAGGGGUACCCAUCAAUAUCACAGUCUUUGAGCGCGAAGCCUACAUUGGGGGCAGGUCAACUACUGUUGAUGUCUUCGAUGACCCUUCCCUUCCAAUCGAACUAGGAGCAUCAAUCUUUGUCUCUGUCAAUCAUAAUUUGAUGGAUACAGCAAAAGAGUUGGGCCUUAAAGUCUCAGGUGCCGGUAGCGAUCGACCUGAGGAUAGUAUCCACAUGCUCGGUAUUUGGGAUGGAUUUAGUUUCAUCUAUAUGCAAGGCCAUUCAUUGAGUUGGUGGGAUAUGACAAAGUUAUUAUGGCGAUAUGGGCUGGCCCCGAUUCGCACACAAAGCCUGAUGAAGAGUACAGUCAACAAGUUUUUGGAAAUGUACAAACCGCCAUACUUUCCUUUCUCCUCGUUGUCCUCGACUGUGGAAGCCCUUGGCCUUCACAAGGCUACUGCUCUUACCGGUGUGCAGUUCUUGAAAACAAACGGUAUCUCGGAAUCUUUCUCAAAUGAGAUUAUCCAAUCAAGCACCAGAGUGAAUUAUGGCCAGAAUCUUGGUCUUAUCCACGGUCUCGAGGCUAUGGUUUGUAUGGCAACCGAUGGCGCUGUCGCAAUUGAGGACGGCAAUUGGCGCAUCUUUUCUGGGAUGCUGGAUUCUUCUCGUGCGGAGGUUACCCUGAACUCCACGGUUACAGCCAUCAAACAAAACAACGACGAGAGUUUGAUCCUCUCUUAUUCGAGUAAUGGUGACAGCAUUUCAAGCCGUGUAUUUGAUGAAGUUGUGAUCGCAGCACCCUUUCAAUACAGCAACAUCGAGGUUUCGCCUUCCCUUGAGCGAGUUCCUGACAAGAUUCCAUACGUGAAACUCUUCGUGACGCUCUUCGCUUCUCCUCAUCAGAUUUCUCCAGAAUUUUUUAACUUGUUAGAACAAAAAGAUGUGCCGGAGAUGAUCCUUACAACUCUACCUCGUGGUAUGGACUUGGGAUCUCGCGAAGACGGAGUUGGCCCGGCAAGUUUCUGGAGCAUCAGUCUGUUGCGCAUAAUCCAGACGCCCGCGGAAGACCCCCAUAAACAACAUUACGUCUACAAAGUCUUUUCUCCCGAGAAACUCACUGCCAGAUUUGUAGCUUCCGUCCUUGGUGUAGAAAUACCCGAGUCCAAUCGAAACGGCACAAUCGGCGACAUUUCCAACAACGAUGUUUCCUGGUUCCAUGAAAAAGCAUGGCAUUCCUAUCCAUAUGAAUACCCGCGCGUCACAUUUGAAGAAAUCAAACUGGCUAGGAAUAUCUGGUACACCAGCGGCAUUGAGAGCUUCAUAUCAACCAUGGAAACCAGCUCUCUUAUGGGCAUGAAUGUGGCUGGACUUAUGACAAAUGAAUGGCAUGACAAGCUGCAGUUGGGAAAGCCGGUGAGCUGGAGUGGAUGGGCUGAGCAGCGCGAUAACGAAUUAUAA